AUGAAUUUUAUAAAGGAAGAAGAAAAAUCAAAAUGUUUAGAGGGACAUGGGAUGAAGCUAUUUUACCUAAAAUCGAUCAAAGAAAAGGAGUACGAGCUGCACAUAGAUAUUUUGAAAGCAAUAGUUGAGGAUUAUGAUGGGAUUGAAGUUUACGUUGUUGGAAGAGCGGAAGGAACCACUGAUGGUGCUAGCGGUGCUAACGGUGCUAAUGGUGCUAACGGUGCUAAUGGUGCUAACGGUACUAGCGGCACUAGCGGCAUAAGCAAUAUGAGCGGUAGUGGCACUGGCAGUGGUGCAGGCGAAUUUGAAUUUUACUCAAAUGGUGAGCUGAAAAAAAAAUUUGUCAACUGCAAUAUUUCCAUGAUGACUUCGUUCAUAAGAAAGCAAAUGCAGGAAGGAAAUAAAAUCAGCGGAGGGGGUAAGGAAAAAGAAGAUGAAAAAGACAUUAAUGAAACUUAUGCCGAAUCGGAUACAAUUAAAAAAAUAGAACAUUUGAUAAGAAGUAAUAAAAUUAUCCUGUUUAUGAAGGGAAGCAAAAUAUACCCUCAGUGCAAAUUUAGCAAUGCUGUUGUUUUUAUGCUAAACAGUCUUAAAAUAAAAUAUACAACAUAUGAUAUUUUGAAAGACCAAGAAAUUCGAAAUCAAUUAAAAAUUUACUCGAAUUGGCCAACAUACCCUCAGCUUUAUAUUAACACUGAAUUAAUAGGUGGACACGAUAUUAUUAAAAGUAUGUAUGAUAGUAAUGAAUUGAAGCAAAUAAUACCAGAGGAUUGUUUUGAGGAAUAA